AUGGAUGGGCAGCUGUUUCGAGCCGUUUGUCUGACCCUGCUCAUGGGCACCGUCCUGUCACGCGCGGCGUCGGAAACAAGUGAACAAAAGACUGCGGCUGAUUUCACAACCACCAUCCCGAAAGAGGGACUCGAAAGGAACUCGGAGCAAGUCUUCUCGCUUGGACCGUCCAGCACGCUCCAGGUCAUCGACGAAACCGGGAAAGCCAAGUAUCUGCCGGAACCCAGCCAAAGUGAUGAUGAAGCAUCGUCGGGCCCGUACACCGCCGCGUAUCUAUUUGAGAAUGGAGCGUGUGAUUUCACCCAGACUGUCGACUUCAAGGAUGCAUUUCCUGGGUACACAAAGCCGCUAUGGGUUCACGAAGAGUCGGACUCGGUGGAGACUGAGAAGGUAUCCGUGGGAGGGCCUGUGAGGUACACUUUUACGAAUCCUCCGGCGGAAUAUCUGGGUGGGGGUUUGAGUUUUUGUGUAAGGUUUAAGACAGCGCUUUCUUCUGGGUCGGAUUCAGAAACCAGCACGUCGACUACGCCGACGGCUGGGACAUCCGCCGUGACACCACAAGCGGGCACUCCCACGACAGAAAACCAGAACAGCUCAGGGUCAGAUACGAGCACUCCGCCUUUGAACCCUCCUACACUAGGUGAUCCGGGUGUUACUGAAGGCCAGCAAGACGAUCCGCAUGCGGAGGAUCGUCUUGAAAACGGAGAACUCGACAAAGAGCAAAAUAAGGUUCCCGGGGUUCCUUCAAAGGACCCAAAUGCGGAGAGCACCGUAGACUCCUCACCUGGGGCAGGUGUCCAGGAAGCGAAACCGAGCAUGAAAGAUAGUCUUGCAACGGAUUCUAACAACGCAUCUUCCUCUAAAGUCCACAAAGAUGGCCACGGUCUCAAGACGGGUGUUACGGGAGGACAUGACGGCGCUCAGCUGAGACGUCUUAGUGAGACCUCUACAGAGAAGGAUGCAUUUUUGACUAUUGUGGUCCACUCUGGGACGUGGAGCGUUUCAGGGGGAAUGAGUGUACUGGCAGUUUUUCUUCUCGCCGUGCCUACGCUGUUUUCGAUUUCAUAA